CCUCGCAUGCCUGUCAGUGCCGUGCGUUGUCGCCGCCGCCCCAAUCCAAGACAGCGGGAAAAAACGAAGCUAGUACCAGGCUGGACCUGCAACUCAUCAUGCGCAUGUUGAAUUAAGAGGGGGCGCUCGCGCACACACACACACACGCCUGGGUAGGGGGCUCGACCCUGACCGACUAACUCCACCUAUAGAGUAGACUACAACUACACUAAUCCGACACCUCUUCUUUCUUUCCCCGCCCGCCCAACACACCCACUCCUGUACGAGAACAGAAACAAAAGAAGAUAUGCAGCGGCUGUCAUUGCCAUGAUGAUUUCGGGUGAUUUUGGUGGUGCUGAAGUUACGCAACAAGAACGCACGCUGAAGCGAUUGCUUUUCUGCAAGGUUGAGCCUAGUUAAGAGAAUUUGGGGGCGCGCUGUCGGUGAGAGAAAACGGAAACGGCCAUGGAUAAGUUUCAGCGCGGACAUCACACUCAUUCGACGCCAGCGUCCGAACGGACGAGGAGCCGGGCUCCGACUGCGACGGGUGACAAGACGAUUGCGAAGAAGAGAUCGAGUUUGGGACGGGCAGCAGGCGGGUUCCAAAGCAGACUGCUUGCGUCGUUGAGAAGUAGGAGGAAGAGCGACAACAAUGGGCUAGCGCCGAGCAGCAGCCCCUCGAGCAGCCCGUUUCUGGAUGCAUUGUUCCGCCUACCAGAUGAGCUUCACAUCUACAUGCUACGCGAGCUUUGUGUCGCUGACUUGCUUGCAUUGCGACGGACCUCGCGCGUGCUCAACAUGCUGGUUAUGGAGAAUGCGCCGGCCCUGGUGCGGUACUGGGUCAAACACCGCAUGGGCAAUCUGCACCUGCAACUGUACCCUGCGCCGAGGCCCAGUGCCAUUGACUUUCCCUUUUUGCUGACAAUGAGACGGCGGCACAUCGCGUCCCUAAGGUUGACGCGGCAGCUUGCCGAUCACCUUGUAGGCGAGCCGGUGGAGCCAGGAGUGUCCCCACGCCAGAUGCAGCUGUGGUCCUCGGUCUAUGAGCGGAUGCUUCCUCUGGUCUUUGGCGUGGGUUACUUUCUCGACGAGCACAGACGGCUGCUGUUGGAGAGAGACCUCGGACAUAUACGACCGCGUUCACGGAUUGGCUACCAUGUCCGCUCGACUCCGGGAAUUGCCGACCAAGAGAGGAAGAUUGUCAAGAAUCUGGAUGCACCACUGCGGCUGCAGUACUUUUACAUGUACUGCUUCAUAGUGCAGGUGCUGCUGCGAAAGACACGGCCGGCGAGUAGUGCUGAAGCGGUGGCAACGUUCCUACGCGGAUGGUCCCACCAGCCUGCGUGCUAUGAAGACGUUGCCUUUUUUCUGAUACUAGGCGGUAUAGGCCGGGUGGCCAAAUUGCUCGCGUGCCCAACGUACAGUGAGCGGAGACGGUACCUGCUUUCGUUCCGGACACACAUGUCGCCGCACACGAGCAAGUGCUGGAGAAGGCACUGGAAGGAUGCAGGCGUAGUAUCACCGGCUUUACUCGACGACAUUCCUUGCACGCAGAUUGGCAUUACGCAGCUAGACCAGAUCUGGGCUCCACUGAUUGCCCAGAUGAUGGGGUCUGGAUCCAGGGACUGUAGUGAACAGGAAAAGAGACGCUACGAGGAACUAAAGCUGUCGGGCAAGUUCAUCAACGAAGUGAUGGGGUACGACAUCCUGCAGGGCCGUGCAGCAGAUGGGGGCGAGCUUGACGAUGACCACGAGCCAUGAAAAAAAAAAGUAGUAUGUAUGUAUUAUGGGUUAGCAGGGGAGUUGCUCUAGGUACAUAGUGGAAGGAGAGAAGAAAAAACCCUUGUAUCGGUACCAUUGAAGUGCCGUGCAUGUUUGUUGUUAGGUUCUGACACAUGUAUGGUGCCGGGCAAUCUCCGCUGGUUUAGCGGUUAAAGAGGCUUUUGUGUUUUG